GCCGUUUCUGACUAACGGAUUACGGCAUCCAUCAGGUCUCAAACCCCUUAUCGUCCCUUGUCUCGUAGGGACUCCCGACGACGAACGACACCCUACUCAUUCCUGUCUCAUCUUCACGUUCGCGUCGGAAGAGCAGCGCCCCAGUCAUUCCCUAAUAGUACUGCGAUCCUUGGUCGCCCACACUCCUUUGGUCCUGCAAUUGUCGCCGGCGACCUUGUUGCAGCUUCAACCCCCUCAUUUGGUUCGCCCUGUUCCCCGUUCUUUUUCCCGUAAUCCAGACAUCUUUUAAACUGGUCCAAUCCCCCUCACACCCCAUCUUGUCAUAUCACGCCUAUUCUGUGUCUCGAUAUCACACUUGCAUGCAGCUUGUUUUAGUAUCCAUGCCUACCCACUAGCAACCGGCACUCCUAUUGUUCAGAUAUUCAGCAUGGAUUGUUCUCCAGAUAUGCCAGAAUCAUCCAUCGAGGCUCGGUCUUCGUUGGCUUCCGACAGCCGUGAGCCGCAGCCGACGGAUUCUAUGGUUACCGUACCCCUUUCAGACGCUUCAUUCGGCCCUAAGACCACGGACUCUGUUAGUCGUACCUCCGCUGUGUUCUCGUCUCCAGUUGUAGAAGACCCCGAAGAUAUUGCUGAGGGAGAAAGCAUUGUCCCACCAAAUGAGGACACUCCACGGCGGCAUUCCAAGGUUCGAUCAGGAAGCACAGGUUCUUCUUCUUCUACAGGUUCUAGAAGUAGCGGAGGAAGCAGUGGGCCGGAAUCUCAAGAGGGAAGUGAGCACGUUGACUGGAGAGAAUUGGAAAAAACAGAGCAAUUGGAGUCCAAGAGUGACCCUGGAGAUGAGUCUACUGCUCUACUUCUUGCGAGACUAGAACAAGAGAACAAUGCACUGGCCGGGAAUCCCAAGUCAGGCUCACAUGUUCGAAAGGACUCCCGUCCUCCGUCUCUUCAUCAGAUCAGAAAGCUUGUGGACGAACCGCAGAGAACUUCCCUGCGAUUUUCCCAGCUCCCCACCCCUCAGAUGACCGAGUUGGACUUCUGGGCUGCGCUUGUCGCAGACUACAACCACACUGCUCAACGAUUACCUACAUUGACCUCGAACAAGAUCAGAGCGGGUGUGCCCCCACCAUUAAGAGGAGUAGUAUGGCCCAGCAUUGCUGGUGCUAGAGAUUCGGAUCUUUUAGAUGAAUUUGAGAGGCUCAGCGGGGAGACUAGUCCAUAUGAGGGCUUAAUUGGCAAAGAUAUUGGUAGAAGUUUCCCGAGUGUGGAGAUGUUCCGUGACCCGAAUGGAGAGGGACAGCAGAUGCUAGGAAGGGUAUUAAGAUGUUUUAGUCUUUAUGAUGACAAGAUCGGGUAUUGUCAGGGAUUGGGUUUUGUUGUUGGCCCUCUUUUAAUGCACAUGAGCGACGCUGAGGCGUUCUGUGUGCUCGUCCGCCUCAUGGACCACUAUGAUCUACGUUCCUGUUUCUUGCCAACACUGUCUGGUUUGCACCUACGGAUAUAUCAGUUUCAGACUCUCCUUUCGCGUCAUUUACCGGAACUCCACUCGCAUUUGGAAUCCCUGAGAAUCGAGCCGGUUUAUGUUUCUCAGUGGUUCUUGUCGUUCUUUGGGGUUACAUGUCCACUGCCGAUGCUUCUCCGUAUUUACGACGUUUUACUUUUGGAGGGAGCUUGUGAAACAUUGAUGCGAGUGGCUCUUUCACUCAUGCAGCGAAAUCAGAAAAAGCUCCUAGCAUGCGAGGAACUUGAAGAUGUUAUGCAGCUUUUGCUUGCCAGGAGUAUAUGGGAUACAUAUGGAGGUAGCGCGGACACACUAGUCCAGGACUUCGUAUCAUUGACUUCCUUCGUGACGCGGGAAAGUCUGCAGGAACUGGAAACAAGCUAUAAAGAAUCGCAAGCCACCUCAACCAGUGUUUACUUUCCUCAGAUGCAAGCUGUCGCUUCAAGGUUCCUAGGACGUCUUUGGGCGGGAUCCGGAUCCCAUAAUUCUGCUAGAUCACUUACGUUGAAUCCAAACGCCCCCCCUUUGGUUUCACGGCCCUCCAGUGCUGUGCGACGAACCCCCUCCAAACAAAGCAUGGCCUCUACACUAAAUUCGUUCGAAUCAACGUCCGAUGCUAGCACCGCCCCAACUGAGUCCUCCUCAGCCCAAGCCUCCGCCGUGGAUUCAACCAAGCGUAAAACGAGAAUGGCUGGAACGCCAAAUCAAGAUAGAGACUUACACAGUCAAAUAGAAGAUCUAUUGACAGCUCUGACGGACAUGCAACGCGAACAGGCAGCUUUGGCCAAAGACCUCCAGAGAGAAAGGGAGGAGCGAGAAGAAGACCAGCAGGUUGGAAGGCUAAUGCUUGGAUAUUUGAGGGAAAAUUCCGGCCAAGACGAACAUGAACAUGCGACCCUACUCGCCAAAGCCAUUAAUCGAUUUUCUCCCACAGAAUCUCGCCGUGCCUCAAUAGUUCAAACAAAACGCGAACUCCGAGAUGAGAUGGUUAAGUGGAAGGAGAAAUAUGCACAGGAGGCUUCAAUAUGUAAAGACCUGAGCAGACACAUUGACGAUAAAGAUGUAGAGUGUUCCCAAGUUAAGGACGAGCUGAAAAGAGCACAAGCUCGCCUGCAGGAGGCCCACAAAGACAGACAAAGACUCGAGAAAAUCAUCCAAGAACUCCGUGUGAGAAAAAAUUCCCGAUCAGGCACCUCGCACGAGCCUCAAGGUUCCACAGGUUCCGCGGAUAGAGGAUCGACUGGCUUGCGCGAAUUUAAGCUUUGUCGGACGGGUUCAUCCGCUUCUACCUUCUCGAAACGAACCAGCAGCCUUGGAGCACAGGCAUUUGUGUCCAACGAGGACUCCCGCGUAGGCCCUGACGAGAAUCUUCUCCUCGAGCUUGUCAACGCAAAGACUGCGGAGGCGGUUGCUCGACAGGAGCUAGAAGAGGUGAAAGCAAAACUGGAUUCUUUGAGGAAGCUGAUAAGCCGUUCGGCAGACAGCUCAACUAGGGGGCCUGGUCCACUUAAUUUAAGCCGCAGUCUCACCGUCAACUCACCUGCGACGUCCAAAACCUAUCCACACUCCCCGACAGAAUCUGUUAAAACGCCAGGUUCGAGCGCCGGCGUUUCUGCAGCGGGGUUUUUUAGCGGAUGGACGAAACGGACCGUGUCUACCUCGUCUGAAUCCCGAUAGCCGUGCACUUUCCCUAAUCCCCUCAGCAUUAGGACGAAGUUCUUUGUUAGCAAUUAGCAACAAACAUGUACCUCAGUCCCCUCUUUCUGGGAGGCAAAAUUCCAAAUUUCGAGCAUUGAAUGGUCCCAACAGAGCUUGCUUCGUCCGGUCUUUGAUUUUGCGCUACCGACCUACAUUCAUUCUUCAUUUCAUACACACCAUACCGCCUUUUGAUAUUGCUGAACGGAUCUCAGCAUGGGGUCAGUUACACGACUAAGAAAUUUUAAGUCUGGACUUUUCAUAAACUGCGAUUUCACAGCAAGCGGCUUCCUUUUCUCUUUUUUUGACUUGCAUUUCACCUGGCACCUUAUUUCCUUUUCACGAGACAAUUUCAUUGUUUACUUUAAAACCAUUUUCUUUGCGCCUCUUAGGUAUUUCUUACGGCUACCUUUUGCUUCUGGUCCCUCUUGGACAAACCCUACCACCUCUGUACCAACUUUUGUAAUAUCGUCAUUUAUGUAUCCUAAGGUUGUCUUCCAGUCGCCGGAAAUUUUAUAUUAUUUUUAUUUUUAUUUUUGAAUUUUCGAAUUAAUUUCUUGCAUGGUUCUUUAGCCAUCCCAUUCUUUCUAUGUGUUUCCUUUUUUCCUUUUCCUUUUCUUGUUUCCUUAGUUCUCUUCGUCCUGUUCCUAUUUCUUUUCUUUUCUUUGUCUUUUCCUUUUUCUUUUUUUUUUUUUUUUGGCCCACCUCUAAACCAUCUCAUGUUCCAUAUGUACACUUCGUCAACGGUUCUCUAUGUACUGUACAGCAAUGCCUCACGUACGCAGUAAGAUGAAACGGAGGAGUGUAACUUCUUUUUUUCUCUUCUUUGAAAUGUUCAAUGUUCAAGUAUAUAUAUACCCCUUUUGGACUUCACACCCGACUCUCAUUCUUAUAAUAUAUAGCUUGCCGUGUUUUCUUUUCUUUUUUCGCUUUUUUUCCUUUUUUGUUUCCUAAUUCAUCUUUUUCUAUCUUCUGUUGCCGGUUUUCUUGGAGAUAUUUACUCCUUCGUCAUGGUUGGCUAUUGGGAUGUUUUAUUUGACCGCCAUCCUACUGUUUGGCUUUAUUAGCCCGCCAUUCCUAUUUUGUGCAGGCGAAUUUUAUUCUUGUCUCAUAAUCUUUUUGAUGGUUUGGUAUCUUGGUAGGUAGGUAGGUAGGCAAGGCCUUAUGUUACCUACUUUAUGGAAAUGCCAUAAAGAUGUUCCUUGCAAAACUAAUUAUCUUAUUUUGUUCUUGGCUCGAGGAGUUACAGUAAUCCUUUGCCGUUUCCGUACAUCGUGUUUCUGCGACCCCUGACGGCCACUGAACUCGGCCGAGCUUCCCCAUAUAUCAAGAAGUUUAGUUUAUCCUCAUUUGAUUUGAUGUAAAUCCAUCUAGUCAACACUCGUUGUAGCCAACCAAAAAAGAGCCCAAAAAGAGAAAGAAAAAGACACUUCCCAUGGGAGCAAACUUCCACCAAUACUGUCCCCUUCUUCCCCCUGAGCCAUUUACUUCAAUGAGUAAAAUGUAGAGCUGACCUAUUAACAAAUACCCCCUCCUCAACAUUCCUCCUACCACCUCUUAAACCCCCCAGUCGACAAACUAGGCGGCAAAUCCUUCUUCCUUGUUCCCCAUUUACUCUCCUCACCCCCAAGAAUCAGCUCCAAAACACCCCCUUUCUCAAAUAAAUCAUGUCCAGUCCAGUUCUUGUGCCAAACCUCCCCAUCGCGCCUUGCCUCUUGGAUAUAAUUCGCCUCAUAUGAAGGAUCAAAAUUUAUGUUCCAGAUAAUCGCUACUUUCCCCGUGAGGGGAUUGCGAAUCUUCUUUUUCCCCGGUGGCCGAAUGGUUAAUGCGGCCACCCGGUAGCGCCUUGGUGUGGGAAACCAAGGCGCGUGGGUUCGAAACCCGCAGGGGAUACAUUAAAUCCGGAACUCAAGCACCUCAGGUUCCUAAUAAAUACAGAGGUGUACAAAUCGCUCCAAUGAAUCGCUGUGUGUUC